GUGAGAGCAAUCUAACAGGACUUAGUGUAUACUUUUCCCCUUUUGCAUUAAUAAUAACAGCAGCAGUGGCUGAAGAAGAGAGCGCGAGACAACGCGUGCAUCUCCGAGCGCAGCGCCAGCGGAGGAAUAUCUUAGUUGUUAUUUAUUCUUCGGCUUGUUGUUCAUUUUCUUAUUUUAUGAUUAACCCGUGCGCUCACGUGCGAACCUUUCCUACCAGAGAAAGUCACCACAACUUCUUCACACCAUCUCGCCCUUGUUUUCAAAAAGGAAAUAAAGCCGUUUUUUGAUUAUCAGCAUUCCGGGCACUUCCUGCUUCCAGGCGGACAUUCCUUCCAAAAAUUCCCACUAAUAGAGAUGAGCUAUGGAAUUGCAGUUGCCGUAGCAGCAGGCAGAACACACACGCGCUGCACGCACUCUUAAAGUCUUGUCAACGUGGUUUUAAGUCAUGAUGCAGGAUUCUGCCACCGAGACAAUAAGCAACAGUUCAAUGAGUCAAAAUGGAAUGAGCAGUCUUAGCAGCCAAUUAGAUCCUGGCACUCGAGAUGGAAGAUCAAGUGGUGGUGACACCAGCAGCGAAGUAAGCACAGUCGAGCUGCUGCAUCUGCAACAACAGCAGGUAAACAGCAGGCCGACAUUUUCGUUUCGCGCUGAAAACAGACGGAAUGAGGGUUUAAGUUCCGCCUUUGAGAGUCUAGCGCACAACGCUGCAAAUUCCCAGUUCCCGCCUAAUUUGCUUUCAAAGGCCCUACAGACAGCCAGACAAUUACUCCUGCAGCAGCAGAGCGGCGGCCUGAAAUCUCCAAAGAACAACGACAAACAGCGUCCGCUGCAGGUGCCCGUGUCGGUGGCCAUGAUGAGUCCGCAGGUCAUCACCCCCCAGCAGAUGCAGCACAUCCUCCAGCAGCAGGUUCUGUCCCCUCAGCAGCUGCAGGCCCUGCUUCAGCAGCAGCAGGCCGUCAUGCUGCAGCAGCAACAUCUGCAGGAGUUUUAUAAGAAGCAGCAGGAGCAGCUACAUCUUCAGCUUUUGCAGCAGCAGCACCCGGGCAAGCAGGCUAAAGAGCAGCAGCAGUUGGCCGCCCAGCAGCUCGUGUUCCAGCAGCAGCUCCUCCAGAUGCAGCAGCUCCAGCAGCAGCAGCACCUGCUCAGCCUGCAGCGGCAGGGCCUCAUCUCCCUGCCCCCCGGCCAGGCCUCGCUCCCCAGCCAGCCGCUGCCACAAGCAGGCCUGAGUCCUGCAGAACUGCAGCAGCUCUGGAAGGAGGUGACCGGGUCGCACAACAUGGACGACGGGGGCAUCAAACACAGCGGCCUCGACCUCACCACCACCAACACUUCCUCUACUACCUCCUCUACCAUUUCCAAAGCAUCGCCGCCGAUUACCCACCAUUCCAUGGCCAACGGGCAGUCGUCCGUGCUCAACGCCAGAAGAGAAAGCUCUUUACAUGAGGAACAGAGUGCCUCGCACGCCCUCUACGGUCACGGAGUCUGCAAAUGGCCCGGCUGCGAAAGCAUCUGCGACGACUUCGGCCAGUUUUUGAAGCACCUUAACAAUGAGCACGCGUUGGACGACAGGAGCACCGCGCAGUGCCGGGUCCAGAUGCAGGUCGUGCAGCAGUUAGAGAUACAGCUUUCUAAAGAGCGUGAGCGUCUUCAGGCAAUGAUGGCCCACUUGCACAUGAGACCCUCUGAGCCCAAACCGUCUCCUAAACCGCUCAACCUGGUGUCAAGUGUCACCAUGUCAAAGAACCUGCCCUCGACGUCCCCUCCAAACUUACCUCAGACCCCCACCACUCCCACGGCCCCGGUGACCCCGCUGUCCCAGGUGCCCUCGGUGCUCAGUCCCGCCAGCGUGCCGGGCGUGGGCGCCAUCCGGAGGCGGCACUCGGACAAGUACUCCGUGCCCAUGUCCUCAGAGAUCGCUCCAAAUUAUGAGUUUUAUAAGAACGCAGACGUUAGGCCUCCUUUUACGUAUGCAACUCUCAUAAGGCAGGCUAUCAUGGAAGCGAGCGACAUGCAGUUAACGCUUAAUGAAAUUUACAGCUGGUUCACGCGGACGUUCGCCUACUUCAGACGCAACGCCGCAACCUGGAAGAACGCCGUGCGGCACAAUCUCAGCCUGCACAAGUGCUUCGUCCGCGUGGAGAACGUGAAGGGGGCGGUGUGGACCGUGGACGAGAUCGAGUACCAAAAGCGGAGGUCACAGAAGAUAACGGGGAGCCCCACGUUAGUCAAGAACCUUCCGUCCAGCCUGGGCUACGGAGCAGCGCUGAACGCCAGCCUACAGGCUGCGCUGGCGGAGAGCAGUUUACCGAUGCUGGGAAACCCGGGCCUGAUGACCAGCAGUUCGACGGGCCUUUUGAACUGUACCUCAGGCCUGCUGCAGUCCCCCACUGAAGACCUCAACGGCUCCCUGGAUCACCUGGAUACCAACGGCCACUCCAGUCCUGGGUACUCACCACACGCCCACAUGCCGCCCAUUCACGUCAAAGAAGAACCGCUAAACAUGGACGACGAGGAUUGCCCGAUGUCGUUAGUGACGACAGCCAAUCACAGCCCAGAGCUGGACGAGGACAGGGAGCUGGAGGAGGGGAAUUUGUCGGAGGACCUGGAGUGACGGUUUUUCGGGACAAACGGCAGACUCGAGGUCUGCUCGCCGGACCCACACCACCACCAAUAAUACCCCACAGAGUUUAACUGUGACUAUUUAUUGAGCAUGCAUCACGGAGACUGCCCGAAGGAACUCUUUCCGAAAGCCCUUUGGGAUACAGAAAAACGACAGGGGGCACAGACUGCUCGCUUUUUAACCCACAAAAAGACUUUCAUUCCUUAUAAACUCAGAAUGGCCUGGCCAUAUUCGAGGGGGGGAAGAAAAAAAACAAACAAACACAUUUGGCGAUAUUACUAUGGGCUCAUGUGCUGAACAACAACAAAAAAAGGAGGAAGUGUGUUCUGUAGAAAGCUAAUGGCCUCAUAUACUGCCAAAAAUAGUUUUAGUUUCAUUCAGUGUGAAUUUCAAACAUACAGUAGUUGUUGCUAAUAGAGACAAUUGCUGGUCCAAUUCAAGUUGUUGCUCUUAAAUCAUUUGCACAGGAGUAGUGUCAGAAACUAGCACCACAGCCUGUUUGUCGCUACAUUAUAUUGACCAGUAUUUAAUUUUUUUUUUUCCAUUAAUUCGUUAAAUUAUAAUUUUGGCACCACCAACUGUAAAUGACAUUUGUUUAGUCACCAACAAAACAGAAUCACUGUAUCAGACUGUUGCAACUGUCCAAAAAAAAGAAGAAAAAAAGUGAAAAAAGUAGGCUUCCAAGUCUCUGUUUGUGCUGAAAUGUAAGAUAUCAUGCUAAGAAGUAACUGUCUGUGCAAGUACCAUAAGUGGGGAAAAAAUGCAUUUCUGCAUAAUGAUCUGUUACUGUUCUCUUUACCUCCUCGUUCUAAAGCUUUGUCUACCUGCAAACAGUCAAAGGCAACAGCUAGAAACCAAAGCCAACCUCUAUCAAUGGCCAAUAACUCUUUAACAGAAGCAGCAGGCUGAUCUGUGGCUUUAAUGAGUACUAAAAGAAGCUUUCCAGGAACUACCUUCUUAUUAAUAACCUCUGGGAUCGUUUGGUUUAGCCCUGUACAAAGAAAAUUGAUGUGUAAUUUGAUAAGUUGUAGAGGGUCCGCCCGGAUUGCAGAAGAGGCCCCACCACCUCUCACGGCUGGAGGAGAAAGGGGGUGGGAACCACAACCAGAACCGCAGGGGGGUGGGGAGCGGAUUUGGGGGUCGGACAUUGGUGGAAGCAGCUGUGUGUGGAUCACGAAGAACUCUGACCAAAAUAACAUUUGUGUAUUUAAUGGAAGUGCAGAAUCUGUAUUGUUGUUUUAAAAAGAAAAUCCUGAUUUGAUUUUUUUUUGUAUUUGUUUUUUAUUUUUUUUUAUUUGCAGUUUCCCAUUUUGUCCGUUUUCUAAUGAAUAUUCUAAUGUCAGUGGUACUGUCUUGUAUGUGAUGUCCUUUUUCCUUUUUUAAAAAAAAUUCACAGCCGUAAUAAAUGAAACCGAAAAACACCGUAACCAAACAUUAAACAAUCUAGUAAAGCCAAAUAACAAUAAUAAAUAAUAAUAAUAAUGAAUAAAAAUGAUAAUAAAUAAUAAUAAUAAUGAUAUCAAGUUGAUAGGAAAUGGUCUGGCUUGGUUAGAGUAAAUGCAAAGAAUACAGUCAUUGUAGGAUAAGAUUUCAAGGAAGAAAAUAACCUUUUCUAGGUGAUAUUUGCUUUGUACCAUUGUGACGUUACUGAGUAAAGAUUCAUGCAUUGCUUAGUGUCUAUAAAGAUUAAGUUCACUAGAGCUGUGGAUUAAAACAUGUUUCUUAUCUAUACCAUGUAACUGUUAAUUAACACUUAAGACAUUUGUAAUUUUACAAUGUUUUGGACAUAAGUGAAAGAUAACAGUAGUCAUUGCUAAAAAGGGUAUUUGAUUUAUAUCAGUGAAUGUCAUCUAGAAAAGUGGACGUGUUGCUUUAAUGGUUAUUUCUGUUUUCAGUCAAACCAAAGUUACACAAAAUUCUGCCUCUGCUUUGGGAUAGUAAGGCUAACAGUACACUCCCUUCAAAAGAUGCACACCAUCCAAAUUUACCUAUGCUGGCUGUCCUGCUUCAUGUUUUGCUGAACGUACCAAUGCAUAUGAGUUUUAUAGCAAUUGGUAGAAAAAUGCGUCACAUUGCAUUCAAAACAAAUAAUGUGCAACAGCUUUUUUUCAUAUGAAAACACACUGCACACGCAUUUGUUUAUGGAGUACCAUGCCAAACCCUUUUCAUCUUUACUUCAUCUCCCUCAACCAAGGGACCUCACGACCUGUAUAUGGUUAUUGCUUUACUAACAAGACGAGGAGGCUGCUAGACACACACACGGACACACACACACACUGCACACACACAAACGCACGCACACACAAACAUGCACACACAUACACGCAACACACCGGUUCCACAGGGUGGAGCAAGGUCUUGCAACAAAUUGCUUAUUCUUUGCUGGAGUCAGCAGACACGUUGUAUUUAAAUAAAAAAUGUGCGUCUACCAUGCCAAAUAUGAGGACAGAAAUGUUGUACAAGAAGAGUUCUCCCACGCACCCAAAAAAGUCUUUUUUUAAAGGUUCUACCUCUGCACAAACAAAUUCAGAACAAAUUUGUCAGAUUGCACGAGUUUGAAUGCCACAAUAGCAGUUGCAUUUUAUUACACUUGUCUGUCGGACAAGGGCAAGAGAUGGUUUACAUGCCCAAUGUCAUAACUGGGAGAUUUGCAUUGUCAUGGGGUUGUCUUCAAACAUUUGUAGAGUGAUAAUUAAAAAAAAAAAAAAAAGAAUUCCUAUAAGGGAAUAUUGUGUUUUCAAAUGCAUGUCUAAAAAUACUUUGGUGGACUGGAAAUAAAGAUGAAUAAAAAAACCUUGUAAUAUCCGUCAUCAGGAACCUGACCCUAUAAGUGUACAAUGUUUAAGUAUGCAUACCUCAGUUAAUCUGUUUUUGGGAAGGAAAGGUAGUCUUCGGCCACAGAAUGCUUAUAACUUGUAGAUUUUGCAUGGGGUUUUUUUUUGUAAAGAAACACAAAAGAACAAAAAAAUAAAUAAAAAGAUGAAAAAAAGAAAAAGAAAGAAAUGUUUAAAAUAGCUGCUUGCACAUGAUACCAGAGAAACCUCCUGAAACUGCGGUUUGCUUCUUCACUAGAGAUUAGGUUCGUUGGGUUUUUUUUUUGUUUGUUUUUCUUUUUCUUUUCUUGAGAUGCUCUGUCUGUAUUUUGAUAAUUGUGCAUAUUAUGUAAAAAUGUUGGUGGACCCAUAAAAUGAUCAGACUUUUUUUUUUUUUCUAAGAAAAAAAGAAGAAAAAAAAGAACAACGUUGCUUUUCUGCAUUUCAUGAAUUUUGACUCCUCUGUCAUUUGCUUGCUAAGGAUAGCAAACCCGCUUUUUUCUGCAUCUGCUUUUGCGUAGCUGUUGUAAGGCUUUAAACUGAUAUGUGUAUUUAUGCUCGUAUUUCUGUGCAUACCUUAUGAAGCAUUAUGUCUGGCGAUGAGUCCUGUAUCCUUCUUCUGCUGUCAUUCGCUAAUGAUCGGGAAUACGAUGCCCUGUGUAUACAGUAAAAAUUUGAACUGUAGCGGAAAAAAAGAAAAAAAAAAACAUCUGUUUAUGUAUUUGGUGGAUACCCUUUUUGUUUAUUUAACCUUUGCUGAGGUAAACUGAUUUUUGAUACUUUUCAUUACCGUGUACCGUGUCCAUAUCUUGAAUUCUCCGACAUUAGAAGUCAUGGUUGAGAAUUGUAACAGCUGUUAUUUGUUCUGUAUUCAUGGCUUUUCACUGCUGAAUUAAAUAAAGGACCAAAAGUAGGAUUUUUGAAAAGCAACUGUCUACCUCCAA